GGAGGAGCCGAGGAAUCGAAAGAGAAACCCGGCGGGAGCUGGCGGCCGCCGGGCGCCGGGCGCGGGGAUGGAGCUGCGGGCGCUGCGGCGGCUCUGGCUGCUUUGCUGCUGCUUCUGCUGCUGCGGCAGCGGCGGCGGCCACUCCGCGGACCCCCGCGCCACCUUCUCGGCGACAGAGCCGCGGAGCCGCGAGCGACAGGCAGCCGCCUUCCGGGAAAGCCUUAAUAGACAUCGAUACUUGAAUUCCGUAUUCCCUCAUGAAAACUCCAGUGCCGUCUAUGGAAUAAAUCAAUUUUCUUAUUUGUUUCCAGAAGAGUUUAAAGCUAUUUAUUUAAGGAGCAAAUCUUCCAGAUUGCCCAGAUACCGAGCCGAGGCGCAAACAUCCAUACCCAAUGUGUCUUUACCAUUAAGAUUUGACUGGCGGGACAAGCGUGUUGUCACCCAAGUGAGGAACCAGCAGACUUGUGGAGGAUGCUGGGCCUUCAGCGUGGUGGGUGCUGUGGAAUCAGCAUAUGCGAUUAAAGGGGAGCCCUUGGAAGCCCUAAGCGUACAGCAGGUCAUUGACUGUUCGUAUAAUAAUUACGGCUGCAGCGGGGGCUCCACUGUCAGCGCUUUGCACUGGCUGAAUAAGACGCAAGUAAAACUGGUGAGAGACUCAGAGUACCCAUUUAAAGCACAGAAUGGCCUGUGCCAUUACUUUUCUGAUUCACAGUCUGGAUUUUCAAUCAAAGGUUAUUCUGCGUAUGACUUCAGUGACCAAGAAGAUGAAAUGGCAAAAGCACUUCUUACCUUUGGCCCCUUGGUAGUGGUCGUAGAUGCCGUGAGCUGGCAAGACUAUUUGGGAGGAAUAAUACAGCACCAUUGCUCCAGUGGAGAAGCAAAUCAUGCAGUUCUCAUAACUGGGUUUGAUAAAAUAGGAAGUACUCCAUAUUGGAUUGUGCGGAACUCGUGGGGAAGUUCAUGGGGAGUAGAUGGCUAUGCCCGUGUUAAAAUGGGAGGCAAUAUUUGUGGUAUUGCAGAUUCUGUUUCUGCUGUAUUUGUGUGAUAUGCUGGGCACAUCAAGGGACAAAGACAAAGCCGACGGUUCAUAAUGAGAUGUAGCAAAGAACUUCAUUCUCAGUGUUGUUCGCCGUCAGGCCACCAGCUCUGUGGCCUGGGAGGAAUCUGUGAAAGUUUCUUAACUCUGGGACGAAGGUCACUUUGGGAAUCUCUUCAAUUUGAAGAGGCUUUUAUCUGGUUUGAUUGUUGUUUGUGUUUGCUUGUCUUUAAUGAUAUACUUCUAGUAGGAUUAAAGAAGGGAUAAGAA